AUGGAGCAGAAGCUUAUUGUAGACCGUAAGGAGUCUUCAUUGAAGACUGUCACUUUUAAUGACAUAGGUGUCUACGCCUCAUUUUCUCUAGGCAAUAAUUCCAAGUUGAAUAAAUCCUACGCGAGGAAGACAUGUAGUCUCAAAAAUUGCAAGUAUCUCGAGAGGGAACUCAGGAUCAUGCUUCGUUUCCACACCAAUCCUUUCAUCGUCCAUGCUGCAAACCAUAACAUUCACUUUGAGACCAACGCCCAAGGCGUGAUGUGUCACAUCUACAUGGAGUAUGCUACCUUAGGCAAUCUCAAAAAGUUAAUCUCUGCUGCUGGAGGUGCAUUGCCUGAGGUUAGUGUCAAGCUUGCCGCUCGGAUGAUCCUACAAGGGCUCAAGGCUCUUCACUCGGAAGGUUACGUACACUGUGAUCUCAAGCCGUCUAAUGUACUCGUCUUCCCUUCAACCACUUGUGGAGUUCCAUGGGAACUCAAGCUUGGUGGUUUCGGUCUAUCCAAAGAGCCUUCAAUGAACUCUAGGCUCUACUAUCCUGGAACCCGUGAGUACAUGCCCCUUGAGUGGACUGAUCCCAACAGGUUUGUUGGGAACGACGCAUAUGUGGCACAGGCCCGUGAUAUAUAG